AGCCAUCAGCUCCUCUGCAGGACAAAGCCGGAUCUUCCAGUGCCACUAGUCGACCUCCACUUCAGCUUACUAAAAUGGCUCUCUCUCGAGUUGUCCUUGCCGUCUUCGCCGCCUGCAUUGUGUGCGUCCUUUGUGCUGACAUUCGAGAAAGGUCGCAGGAUUUUGAAGAUGCACCUCUUUUCCGCGAGAGGAGAUCGACUUAUGGUGGCUACGGCCACGCAUACGCCCACACUGGAUAUCCCACCUACCACCGAAGCUCCUACACCACCUACUACCCAGGACACGGCUACGGAGGCUAUGGCAACGGGUACGGCUUCGGUGGCCAUGGACACGCUGGCUAUGGCAACGGGUAUGGCUACGGCUAUGGCCGCGGUGGUCUAGAAAGACGAGAGAAGCAGAACAAGGUUUUUGCAUUUGAGGUGGAAAUCUCGAGCAUUCUCGGAAAAAUGGUGUCGGCGAGAUCUCUGCUGCUGGCCAGUGCGUGUCUGGUGUGCGCCCUCGCUGCUGACCUCAGUAGAAGGCCCUCCGCAGCUGACGGAGCUCUCACAUCUCAAACCUCCAUAGGCCGCAACAAGCGCUCAGGGUACGAUGGCGAUUAUGGUGGAAGCUAUGGCGGAGGCUAUGGCGGAGGCUACGGCGGAGGCUUUGGCGGUUACGACGGCGGUUACGGGGGAUCCUAUGGCAGUAGUUACGGCGGCUCCUACGGCCACGGGAACUACGGGGGCCACUACGCCAAGACUACGGUGGACGUGAAGUACGGCGCCCCGCACUACACUUACGACUACAAGGAAUACCCACUGGGCCACAGCUACCACAGCAACUACGACAACUACGGCGGCUAUGGCGGCUAUGGCAGCUACGGAGGGUACGGCAACGGUGGCUACGGCAUCGGUGGCUACGGCAUGGGCUACGGAGGAUACGGCUAUGGAAACACUGGCUAUGGCGGUUACGGCUAUGGAAGCUCUGGCUAUGGCGGUUACGGCUAUGGAAGCUCUGGCUAUGGCGGCUAUGGAAACGACGGCUAUGGUUAUGAUAGUUAUGGCCACGGUGGCUAUGGGAAUGACGGUUACGACGGCAACAACCACGGAUACGGAUACAACACUUAUGGCUAACUCGAGAGGCCCUUGCCCUUGCGUUUUGAGGGCAUCGACAGUAGCGGGUGGUAAGAGCUGCUCCUCAAGAACUUUUUUUUUGCUUCUGGGGGACCUUGAUGUUCUUUAGCGACUAUGUGACCAAGUUUCUUUUUUAGUCGUUUUUUUUUUUACUUUGUUGGUAGUGAGUGCAGCUCUGGAAAUUUCUUAUUCUUUCUGUUUUUUAAAGUCUUUUCAGCACUAAUUGUUUGACACGAAACAACGAUGAUUUCAAAAACAAGAUAUGGGAUUUUUGUCCUUCAGGUUUGUGUUACGACCUUGAAUCCCAAAAUUAAGAAAAAACAGCAUUUAGUUUUGCACGACUUUUUUGUACCCUCCCACAUUCCCUGGGUAGAGCCAACUGCAAUAUUUUAAUGAUAUUAUCAGUCUCAUAAAUUAUGAACAUGUUCUGUUGUGCAAAGUGUUUUUCCCGUUUUAGAAUAAUGUGCACUAAAAACCAACUAUAGGGGGUCAAUGAGUGCGCUUUCAUCCGAUGAACAGGUAACACAUUAAACAAGAACAGGCGACCUCCCCCUACUUCCAAACAAAAAGGAUUUAAGACCAUUUCCUGAAGAUGAUUACAAAACCUUCACUUUAAUGUGUGCUGUUAUGGAUAUCACUACCAGUCUGUUUGCUUGAUACUUUUUCUGUUUAAAAAAAUGUUUCGUUGAGAUGUAUUAGAAGAUCUAUGGUUGUCAUGGAAAUGUGUGAGAAAAUAAAUUAUCUGAAAGAUUA